ACACUGUUCUGCGAGACCAUUCGUUCAUUACACUCCGGUACUCUGUGUUCAACUCGUUCACUCGAAAAUAGUCUCCAUCGGUUCAGUAAUCGUCUCUUUAAUUUUUAUUCAUAAAUGUGUUUAAAAUAAGUCAAAAUCGUUAAUUUUUAUUCACAUAAAUAAAUUUUAGUUGUAUCUUCAUAAAUAAUACUAAACCAUGAGUUCGGGUGGUACUCGCGUGUACGUCGGCGGUCUCGUCGAGGGAAUCAAGAAGGAAGAUCUCGAACGCGAGUUCGAUAAAUAUGGAAAACUAAACUCAGUUUGGGUAGCACUAAAUCCCCCAGGUUUCGCUUUCAUAGAAUUUGAGAACUUGCAGGAGGCGGAAGAUGCGUGUAGCGCGAUGAAUGGUACUGAGAUGUUAGGCGCCACUUUGAAAGUAGAGAUCUCUAGAAAGCGGGACGGGCCCCGCAGAGGUGGGUUCAGAGGUCGGGGCGGCGGUAACUUCAGGGGUGGUCGUUCAUUCGGAGGUCAGGGAGGAGGCAGGUUCAACAACUCAUACGGUGGCGGCGGCGGCCGGCCGUACAAUCGUAACGGAGACGGAUAUGGCUCCAGCGGCGGCGGUGGUGGUGGCGGCGGUGGCGGCAACUACAGAUCUAGGUCGCCGCUGUCCCGUUAUUAAUUUAGUUGCUAGGUUAAAUAGGUUUAGUGUUAUCGUAAUCUGAAGCCUUCCAAGUGUUAAAAUUCAAUGAAUACUGGGGGUUUAUUGCUAGGCAUUUCGAUGGCUCAAGGAAGUGGAGGUAAAUAUAUUUAAAAUUUCUUGUUAUAAUUAUGGUGAUGAUUGAUUACACGCUUAGUCUUGCUGAUUAGACAAACGUGCUGUAUGGAUUAUGUAGAAUCAAAAAAACUUUAAAGGCAAGUGUCAUAAACGUACAUGUAUAUUUUUUAAAGAAUAAUUACUCUUGUGGUAGCUCUAGCUUUGAUAUUUCUUGUAUUAUAAAAAUGAUUUAAUUUGAACCAUAAUAACCAUUAACUGCAAGGACCUUAAUCACACAAGAUAAAAAAAAGUAUUUAGUGCUCUUUAAAGUAAAUGACCUCUUAUCAUAUUCUCCAUUACAAGUUAUUGUUUGACUGUAAUCAUUGUUCCUCAGCACGAAGACAGUCAUAUUUUUUACAUGUUAAUAAUUUUCAAUUUUUUUCUGGAGAAACUCAUAAUGUAACAAGAAGAAAUAUGAUUUUACUUUGCUACAAACUAGCAAGUGUAAUAUCAACUAUAACGUAUAACAUCAUUUAAAUUGACUCUCAAUUUUAUAAAGUUUGCUUGACUGGUACAAAAGUUAUCUUGUUUUCUGUGUAAUUUUAUUCAAAUAAGCUGCAACUAAUAAAAUUCCAUUUCCCUGAGACCAAAUUGAAGUCUGUUCAGACAUUAAAACAAGUAAACAUCUUACAGUAUUUUAACAGCACUCUCAGUUAUAUUUCAUCUAAAGAUAUUUUUAAAAUUUCAGUUCCUUGGACUCGGUGAUCUCGCUUCAAAAUCAUCGGAAUAUAUUUCAAGAACAAUCUUCAGAAAUUAAUUAACAUUCUACCUAGUACUCUAAUGGAUAAGUUUCUUCAUAAAUAAAAAUUAUGACUUAUU